GACUCCACUGCUGCAGAGAAGUCAAAUGAAUUAUCCAAAAGCCCAUUUACAUUCCACAGGUCUGAUAAAGUGCUGCUGUGACUGCCCACUGCCUCACAGCUCCAACCUGAUUAAACUUGCCUCCUCCUAGCACUUGUAUUCCAGCAGCUGCUGCCCAACUCACAGCACUCCAGGAAUUCUCCGCUGCUGCUACUGUUGCCGCAAAAAAACUAUGAGAAACUGCUGAGGAUCUAAGCUGCCUCCCGGUAAUUGGAUAUAAAAACAGCAGCAAUGUCCAAGCCAUCACGUUUGGCCAGGCCCGUGCCAUCUCAUGUACCCUCUAAGCCGCCUAUGAAUAGGAAAGAAGAUUUUAGCAGCCGAGGAAGGAAAAUCAGCUUAGGAGAGAAGAUUCUGCGAGCAGGCAGUGAAGGGAACCUCACUAAGCAGCAAGUGCAGACAGUCCAAAUAUCCAGCAGGCAAGCCGGCUCCAGUAGCACUAAAGGCCAGUCAAAACAUAGCAUGCAAGGAUCUUCCCUGGAAAAUAUAGAAUUUCAUCAGUCAAAAGAGAAUCUUUCUAAUGGGAACAGUCACAUUCCACAAAAGUCUGGGCGGAAUAUUCCACGGAGACAUACUGUAGGUGGCCCUCGGAGUUCUAAAGAGAUUUUGGGAAUGCAGACAUCGGAUAUGGACAGGAAAAGAGAGGCCUUUUUGGAACAUCUCAAAUACAAAUAUCCUCAUCAUGCCACUGCAAUUAUGGGCCACCAGGAGCGGCUGAGAGAUCAGACAAAAAGUCCGAAGCUGUCUUCAAGCCCGCAACCCAGCCUGGGAGAUCCAGGAGAACAUCUGUCAGAGACCUCUGCUGAUUCCGGAGACAUGAUGUUUGAAGCUGAUACGGCAGUGCCAUUUGUCCGAGGCAGCCGCACAAGAGCCAGCCUUCCGGUUGUCCGAUCCACCAAUCAAACAAAAGAGAGAUCACUUGGUAUGCUGUUCCUACAGUAUGGCGAUGAUACCAAGAAAAUGCAGAUGCCCAAUGAAAUUACGGGUGCCGACACAAUUCGCGCCCUGUUUGUAAGUGCCUUCCCCCAGCAACUGACAAUGAAGAUCCUGGAGUCGCCCAGCACAGCCAUUUAUAUAAAGGACGAGGGCCGAAAUAUCUAUUAUGAGCUCAGCGACGUCAGGAACAUACAAGACAGAGCCUUCCUCAAAGUGUACAAUAAGGACCCUGCGCACGCGUUUAACCACACUCGCGGGACGGUCAAUGGAGACGUAAGGAUGCAACGAGAUAUGUCCUACUCAGUCCGGGAAGGCACGGCGAUCCAUAGGCCUGGGUCUGCAACGUAUCCCUCUCAUGCUGGCCCAGUGUCACCCCCUCCUACACCUGUUCCCCACUCCAUGCCAUCAUCUCCGUCAAGAAUUCCUUAUGGAGGUGGGCGGCCUGCAGUUGUGCAGAGCAACACUACCAUGCAGAGGGAAAGGAUACCAAGCUUGCCGGCAUCGAGAUCCAUAUCUCCUAGUCCCAGUGCUAUACUGGAAAGGAGAGAUGUGAAACCAGAUGAGGACAUGGGCAAUAAAAAUGUUCAGCUGCUAAGGAAUGACAGCAUGUACCAAGACCCUUAUUUAUAUCACGAAGGACGGAUGAGUAUGGCAUCAUCACAUGGUGGGCACCCUCUUGAUGUCCCCGAUAAUAUUAUUGCCUACCACAGGGGGUCCAUGAGAUCUGCAAGCACUUAUUCUAAUUCUUCUAUGCAAAUGGAGUUAAUGGAGCAAUCCAUGUACAGACAAAAAAGCCGUAAGCAUGUGGAAAGUCAUUUGCCAACACUUGGUUCUAAAACUCCUCCAGCCUCUCCUCAUAGAGUGGCUGAUAUAAGGAUGAUGGAGAUGCAUGCCCAUAAUGCUCAUCUUCCUCCCCAUGGUAUGCAGGCCGACAGAUCUUCUCCCCUCCGCCAGUCAUUUAAAAAGGAGCAAAUGUCAGGCAUGUUCGUAGAAGCUAAAGUUCGAAACACAGGUGGAAUAAUAGGUAUGGCGGACAUUGUCCCAUCUCCUACUGAUAAACAAGUGUUUGGAGGGUAUGGAACAGCUGUGCCACCAAAAGAUCCUUACACAAGAGAGAGGAUGCAUGCCAUGGAGAAACAGAUUGCCAGUUUAACUGGCCUUGUUCAGACUGCAAUUUUGAAAGGGCCCAGCCCAAACAACUCUGCACCUAGCGACAAAGUCUUAAAGUCAGCCAGUGGCAGCACUUCAAGCACAGAUCGACCAGGAAAUCAAGGUGCAACUGCUGCAAAGAAUUCAUUAGCCAUUUCAGAAUCAGUAACUCUGAUCAACCAGCAGUCAGCUAUCUGCUCGCAAGACAUGCACGUCAGCCUGCAGGACAUGAGGCGCAAUGUGGCCGAACUCCGACUUCAGCUGCAUAAGAUGAGGCAACUGCAGCUGCAGAACCAGGAGACGGUGAGGCUGAUGAUGAAGAAAGCGGAGAUGGAAAUUAGCAGCAAAGUGAAUGAGAUGGUCAAGAGCCUGGAGGACCCGGUGCAGAGACAGCGCAUCAUGGUGGAACAAGAGCGCCAGAAGUACCUCAAUGAUGAGGAACAAAUUGUUGCAAAGUUGUGUGACCUUGAGGACUUUGUGGAAUACCUUAAAAAGGAGCAGAUCACAUCACAGAGGCUGAUCACCCUGAAGGACGUUGAGGAUCGGGCUUUCAUGCUGCGCCAGAUAGGGGAGGCUGUUUCCAACUUGAAAGGAGAGUUCCCGUACCUCCAGAAUAAGAUGAGGGCAGUGUUGCGUGUGGAGGUGGAGGCCGUCAGAUUUCUGAAAGAGGAGCCCCACAAACUGGACAGCUUAUUGAAAAGAAUCCGAAACAUGACAGAUGCCCUUUCUGCCUUAAGAAGACACGCCACCGAUGGACCCUCCAAGGCCACUGACAUCAAUCAGACCAGCCAGUUUCUCAUAACAGAAAGAGUGACUGAGUCUGAUUCACUCCAGGUUCAUGAGGAGAAAUCCCAAAUGUACCUUCAGUCAACACAAACUGAUGGAGGACCAGCAGUGGAAUCGCCAAAGACAUCUGUUAAAUCGGAAGUGGUUCCUCUGUCUGCCGGCCUCAGAGUCCAUCAAGUUCAGAGUUCCCCGGUCCUCAUGCAGCAGUCCCAGCACUCGUCUGCACUUCUGAACCACACUCCUACCCCCAGUACCCUGACCAGUCACAGCACAGAAUUAUUAGUGAGCCAUCAAACAGCCAGCGUUUCACCCAGUGUCACUGCAGAAAGCUCAAGGAGAAACCCAGCAACACAAACGACCGCACAGGAAGGAUCUUCCAUGCAAAGUCUUUUCAUUGAUGAAAUCAAUCAAGUGACUUAUAGGAACAGAGUGGUCUCCAUUGAGGAAGCAGAGAGAAAGUUUGAGGAGAAGAGGCAGAAUCUGGAUCAUUAUAAUGGGAAGGAAUUUGAGAAGAUGUUGGAAGAAGCACAAGCCAAUAUCAUGAAGUCCAUUCCCAGCUUAGAGGUGCCAGCCCAGCCCCAGAAAGUGGAGGUUGUAGACAAAUUAGAAGUCACAGAGGUAAACACCAUAACGGAACAAGAUAAUGAUAAGAUAACAAAGUCUCCCCCUCCACCACCUCCUCGUCGUCUGUACCCACCGGGAUCUGGACUGAACAGCGUAUGGACAGCAGAGUCAACAUACCUGGUCAGGAGGGAUAGCAGCAAGGAUUCUGAGGAAGCCCUCCCCAAGGUGCCGUCAAAAAUAGAAACCGAGGAUCUUCAUUCAGCGGAGGCUACAGUCAAGUCUUCGGUCAUAAAGGAUGAGGAUGAAGAAGAGGAAGGGGCAAGGAUUAUGGCUGAACUUCAGGCCUUCCAGAAGUGUUCUUUUGUGGCUGUAAAUCCUAAAAGCCCAAAUGAGCUUUCUAAAGCAGAUAGCCAAGAUUUCAGAGCUACAGCUGUAACCCAAGCUAAAGAAAAGAAGGUGUCAUGCACAGUUUCAAAAGAGUGUUUAAAUGCUGAAAGCCCAGAAGAAAAGUGGAAAAUACAAAAUAUACUAAUUCCAGGAUCUGAUUCUGCAAAGAUUAGGCAGGGGGAAACCAUUGUUGUGAAUGAGAAAUCCACCUACAGUCUGUUUACAGGAAGGGAGAAAUAUAGUGAGAGCCAAACUGAUAAAGAGAUCUCACCUGACAAAGAAUGUGAAAAAGAUGAUGUGUCCCCACUUGUCAGCUCAGGGAUCCUUGAGAAGAGAACCAUCAGAUUUAAUGCAUUAAAAGAACCAGAGAGUGGAAUUCCUCACCCCAAAACAGAAGUGUUAAAUGUCAAAGUUGGGGAUAUUUUGCAUGUAGAGAAGAAGGAAGAGGUGUUAGAAAGUCGCCCGACAGCUUUAAAGUCAUUGAAUGAGCAGGAAAUCUCUUAUAUGGAUGUGGGUCAAACUGUUGUAUUGAGAAAUAAGUCAUCGAGAAGAAGUCUUAGUCAACAACAGUCUGAGGAUACUGAUUCUCCAACAAUGUCACCAACCGAAGCAAAAUCUCCAGCAGAUAAUAUUGCUUUCAUGAUAACUAAAACUAAAGUACAGAUGCUCUCAACUGGAGAGGUUCAGGACAUUGUCAGGCGUAAAGAUGUACAAACUGUCAACAUUGAUAGAGGGAAUAAUGAGAAAAUACUCUCUGGGGAUUUCGAAAACAUAGGAUCUGAAGACCCCUUGGUUUGCACCGACAAGAAACCAGUCAUCAUCAUAUUUGAUGAACCAAUGGAUAUUAAAUCAGCAUAUAAGAGACUUUCAACAAUAUUUGAGGAAGGUGAUGAUGAUCUAGAAAAACAUAUGACAGAGGCCAAAAUAGAUGAAGAAGAGGAAGAUGAAGCAGAGUUAUCUCCAUCCCAAGAAUCAAAGCAGACGUUACCAGUGGAACAUACCACUAAAGUAUCCCCGGAAAGUCCAGGUUUGGAAAGCAAGUACCGAUUCAAUUAUCCAUCUUUAGCCGAAAUGAAAAAGACUAUCUUCGAGGACGCCAACGUCACGCAGACUCAUUUCACAGAUGAUGACAAGUCUGAAGCUUCUGAUGAUCAGUUUGGUCAACGGCAGGAUGUCAAGAAAAAAUUCAAGUUUAAAUUUCCCAAAAAACAGCUCGCGGCUCUCACUCAAGCAAUUCGGACAGGGACAAAAACUGGUAAGAAAACAUUACAGGUUGUGGUCUACGAAGAGGAAGAAGAACCAGAUGGGACUAUAAAACAACACAAAGAAGCAAAGAGAUUUGAAAUUGCAAGAUCCAACAGCAAAGAGGAAAAUGCCAAAUGCAGCAGCGAAGCAGAAGCAGUGAACUUGGAGGCGGACAUUCAGGUGUCAAGGACUGAUGAGAUAAAGAGAACCACAUACAAGAUUCUAGACAGUCUUGAGCAAACUAUAAAGCAGCAAGAAAACCUCAUAAGCGAAAUGGCACCCACAAUGGGGGCAGAUGUUUUAGAAUCUAGAGAGCAAAGAAGAGUCUCCAGUGACUUCAAGUUUGGGGCAGUGGAACCAGUGGAAGAAACAAAACCUGUUCUGGAGACCCCUUCCUCCAUACCUUCUGCAGCACGUAAGGGUUCAAACGGAGGACCACAAACCAGCAGAAUGCCAAUUCCAAUGUCUUCUAAAAGUAGGCAAGCAAGCGUGGACAAAACUAGCAAACAGCCCAAACUGCAGGAGCCGCAGCGUCAGUACAGACAGGCUAACGGAGGUACUAAGAAAGCUGGUGGGGAUGUUAAGGCUUCUACUCCUCCUUUAUCUGUUUCUAAGAUCCCAGCCCUUUCCUCUAACACUGGGAAAAGUGGCUCUGUGCCUGCUCAGCCAAGUGAUACAUCUAACCCCCCUAACCCUCCUGUGAAGUCACAUGUUUCUGUUGCCAAUUCUAACACUCAAGCUAGCCGCACUGUUAACUCCUCAGCCCUCAUACGUCCUGCUCACAAUGGCUCCUCAAAACUUCAGCCCCCACCGACGUAUAAAGGUCACCAUCUUUCAUUCUCACCGCAGGCCUCAAAUGGCAGACCAGCUCUUCCCUCUCCUGCUGCUUCUAGUUCUUCUUCUCCUUCUUCUGUCUCUCCUACUUCACUGACUCAAGGUGUGAAGAGCGUCCGCACAAUCCACACACCUAGCUUCACCAGCUACAAGUCACAGAACGGAAAUGCAAGCAAAGGCCUGAAUGCAAAGGAGACCUCUUAAGCUCACCAUGUCUGUUACUAGGUCCACCACGUGAUGCCAACAAGUCCACACUCUGCAGCUCAUGAGCACAGACUAACAAGAGUCCAGCCAAACCUGUUGCUAUUGUUCAUUCAACCUCCUUCUUUUAGAGUCAUGGAGCUUGACUACGAAUGCGUGUGUGUGUGUGUAAAUAUUCAUAAACUGUGUGUGUGCGUGUGCAUGCGUGAAGAGGAACAGGUGAAAGAAACAAGAUUGCGAGGACAGAGAUUAUUUUAUAUUAAAUAUUUUUUAACUAUGAAGUCUGCAACAACAAAAAUGCUAGCAUGAAAUUUUAUCUGCAAAAAAAAAAAAAAAAAAAGCUAUUUUCUUUUACUUUAAUGCUGGCUAAAAUGAAAGAUUUCUAUUUUUGUCAACUGUACAUCACGUUGCUUUAGAUGAUCAUUUUACCAUUAUAUUUUCAUAUUGAUACAGUGUAUUUUGUUUGAAGAGUCGAGCAGAAAAACUGGGUUAGCCAGUAAUAAAUGAGGUUGCCAAGCUGAUGCUAGUAAUGACUUCGAUUCGGCUUAGGGAUUGAGGGAAGUUCUCCAGCUGGACUUUAUGAUCCCUAGUCUGCUCUAACAUGUCCUCCCUUCUAUAGAACCCUCCUUACAGACAAGGUAUAAUAAGCCUAUAAACAGCUUUUCCCUCUAUUGGGUAUCAGAGUUCAGCCAGUGGCUUCUCAUACAGUACAUAGAUAUGGCCCCCGCCCCAUUGGAUUUUAUUUCAAAUUCUAUUUACAUCCUAAAGAGCAAUUGAGAUUAAAAUGGCUAUUUAUCAAAUUCUAUUUUCUUUUUUUUACUGCCUGUCGUGUCCUUUCUUGGGUUUUG